GCGCUCGCGCAGGCAGUCCGCGCGCACCUCGCUCGGACGCCGCACGCUCCGACACGACCCGAACGCGAUAACACUACUAACACGCUUGUGAGCUUAACAAUACAUUAACAUAAGGUGAAAACGAAAAGUGAAGUGGAAUUUAAAUGGUAACGGGCUAGCAGACAGGAUGUCCGAGGGUGACGUGUCGCUGAUCCACGACGAGGACGUGCUGCGCCGGAUGUGGCAGCAGACGGAGGACUUUUCACGCAAGAAAGAGAUCCGCGCGCACAUGUAUCGCCUGCGUGAGGAGCGUCUGCGCAACCUUUACUCGCCCGAGCCCACGCUCGAUGCUAAAGGUUGUGAGUUCGGAGCCCCGCGGAGCCACGGGCGCUCCUUCGCCGACCAGAGCUUCCAGUCCAUCAAGAGCAAGGAGGUCCGCGACGCGGGCUCGCCGCCCAAGGACUUCUACUCCGGCCAAGAUCUCAAGGAGCUCUCGAAUGCCGGAUGGAACGUGGAGUCAGAAAACAGAACGACAGACGACGGCCACACGCAUGUCAAGUCCAUCAACGCCAACAUAGAAGGACGAUACGAUGUCGACGGUGGAAAGGGACAGUUCGCCGCCGUUGAUCAGCAUCGGCAGGCCGUGACGGAAUACCACGACGACCAUUCCAGUUUGAAAAAGAAUGAGAGCAGCUCCAACACCGCCGCGCACGAGCAGGUGGUGCGGCAGACUGACGACGGCUCACAUUUCUCUUCUUCUUCAACCAAGACUUCGAGCUCCUCUUCAAAAUUUCAACAGGUCUCAACGAAACAAGAAUCAGUGCCAUAUGUUAUUAACGAUGAUCAUAAGUCGACUCGACAAAACGAAGAGAUUACAAAAGUCACAAGGACAAGCGAUUUUGAACAGAAUUUGAGGAGUCACGACGGUGAGUUGGUCUCCAGGAAGAUUGACUAUCCUGACAGCAACACGAAGGUGAUAAUAGAAACGCGGGAACUACCUGAUGGGACGCGAGUCACCAGCACGCGGCGAGAGUACCGCGCUCCUGCCGUCUCCUCCACGCGCUCUGAGCACUCUUCCACCCAAACCAGGAGCGAGAACAAAUCCUCUUACACAUCUAAACAUGACGUGAAGGAAACUUCAAGGAAAACUAGGGAAGACUUUGACAACAGGAUCACGAACAUUGUCGAUUCUCAGAGAAACAUUGACGACUACGAUUUCAAGAGAAAUUUACGUAGCGAUUACUCGACCACGAAGCAAAAGGACGAACAUGUCGAAACAUCUCGACAAAAAAUAAAUCAGCAGCGUUAUGAGAAUGUUGACAGUACCGAUCGGCGCGAAGUGACCUCUCAAGAUACUCGGCGUGCAUUCAACACGAACGUGGACGCCACAGAUAGGAAAGUCCUGACAACUUCUCAUGAUACAAGGCGUGAUUAUGAAACAAAUAUUGACCAGACCGAUCGGCGCGACAUUCACACUUCCCAAGAUACUCAACGUGUCACCGAUGAAAGAAAGGUAGAUGACAUCACAACUAACGGAGAAAGAACUCAUCACGUUACGAAAGAUAAGAAAGUAGACGAAGUGGUUGAGAGGAAAGUUAGUUCCGAUCAAUAUCAGACGACGUAUCAGUCUGAAUUCACACAGAAGAAGAUAAGCCAAGACCUGAGCCCGACGCACCAGGCGUGGGCGAGCACGCUUCGCGGUGACUCUCCUUCUCCCUCGCGACCCACCACCAGGGCCUCGUCGCCAGGCAGUAGGACUUUCCAAUCUAGCACUUCCUCACUGAGAAGUAGCGUCAGCCCAGACAAGACCUACAGAAAGCUGUCAAGCCGCGGCGGUAGCCCUAGCAAAGUAGACAGGUACUCACCAUCUCGUACCGUAUCUGACAGAUACUCCAGCACCCAUUCCACCCAUUCAGUGACGGAGACCAAAACGAAUAGAUUCACCAGCCCAGACCGGAAACCACCACAGCAUACGUCCCCAAGACAUAGCGCGAGUCCUGACCGCAAGCCAACUGACAGCUAUCGCAAAAGACCGAGUGCCAGCCCUGAAAAGCGACCGCAAGAUGCCACAUUCAGGCCUAGUAUGAGUCCUGAAAGAAAACCGAGUCACAGAUCUAGUCCAAGCCCUACAGAGGGCCCCCGCUACACUAGUCCGUCUAGACCUUCACAUAGAGAAGGGUCUCCGACUAAGCCAUACAGUCAUAAACCUUAUCAACCCUCCGAAACUGAUUCUAGUCCAAAAACACCUUUUGACCAUCCUUCCCACGUCUCGUCCUCGAGACCCAGUCAAUGCCCUGAUCGCAAGUCAGGGUACCAAAUACCUUACUCAUCAACCCGUCCGAGCGCGGAGAAAUCCCCGAACGACACAACUCCAACGAGGACAAGUGUGAGCCCCGACAGGAAGCCCGGCUACAUGAGACCAACAGCCAGUAGACCGACUUCAGAUUCGACCCCUACGAGACACGCGCCUUCUCAAAGUCCGGAGCGUAAAGCUUUUGACCAUACCAGGACUACGAGCAAUGUUAAGGCAGACCACUAUAAAUUCAUUGACGAGGAAACUAAAAUGUAUACACGCACUGACAAAACCAAUAUAGACUACUCAAGGACCUCUCCUGAUAAACCAGUAUAUGGAAAGAGCCCUUCGCCAGUCAGGAAGGUUCCAGGAGAAGAUACUCCAGAUCACUGCCGUCCUGAAUCUCCAUCCCGCUCCACAUUGCGCACGGACUCUCGCUCGCCUUCUCCUCCCAAGGGACCAGUGACGUUCCACGAUCAAGUAGAUAAGACCAAGUUUGUGUCAACUCACACCACUACCACCGAUGACUAUUCAGUUGAUAAAACUACUGAGACUGUUCGUAGUGGUAAAGAUACUCCAACAUCGCCAAAACGCAACACUCCCUUGAGAGAGCCGUCACCUUCUAAGUUUGGCACAUACGAUAAAACUACUCCUGUGAGAGAGCCUUCGCCUACCAAAUAUGGGACGUACGACAAAAAAACGCGACGCUCCGAAGAGUUGGAGGAAACCACAAUCAAUACAAAUACUACAAACAUUAAAUAUGACACUCAGACGAAGCGUGACACAUCAAUCAAAAAAACUAAUGAGUUUGAUAAAACCGAAACAUCAAAAGUAACACGUAGUAAUGAAAAAGAUACACCAACAAUGCCUCAAAGGACUACCCCAGUAAGAGAGCCGUCACCUUCUAAGUUUGGAACAUACGAGAAGAAAACCCGCCGUUCUGAAGAAAUAGACGAUGUCAAACAUGUCACAAAGGAAACCAGAGAAGAUAAAUAUGAUUCGUUGACUCGUCGGGAAAAAACGACUUCAAGAAAAACUCCGGAAGUGCCCCGUUCACCGACUAGAAAGUCUCCUAGGGAAAGUAUUUCCCCAUCUAAAUCACCAUCUAAAGAUAACAAGUACAAACACACCACAGAUUUCAUCACAACCGAGAGAACAACAGAGGAAACAAAUAAGAAAACCACUGUUAAAGACCGCCCCCGUCAACUGGUCACCCCGUCCACCAGCCCGACUAGGAAGCCGAAGACGGUCGAAAAAGAACCAUCUACUGGUCAAAGUUCCCCUACAACAUCUGUUAGUGGCUUCGUAUAUUUCAGCUCUCCACCACUGCAACAGACUAUCGUCACAGAUCUCGAUGACGCUGAAAGUUACUAUGAAACUAUUACAAGAGAUGAAACCACAAUUACACAUAAAAGGCCAGAAAAUCUUCCUCUGGAAAGGUCUACGUCUCCGUCCAAGAUUCCUUGUCGAUCACCGUCACCUGAAAAGAAAACUUCUCCUAUUAAGGAAGUCCUUCCUAGAAAAAGCUCUUUGAAAAAGCCAUCGGCAGGUACAAGCCAAACAUCGCCCACUGAAAAACCGCCGUCAACUUUCAACGUAUCACCUACAGUGGAAAUAAAGGAUGUGCCGGCACAUAACAUCGUAAAGAAAGAUAAUCCAGAUAAACCCGAUGCAAGUCCUCCAGCUAAAGUAAAACCACCUUUUGAAAGAAGGGAGACUUAUGAAGAAAGAUGUCGCAAGAUUCUCGGCAUGAUGGAAGACACCAACAAAACUACUUCUAAAGUAACAGUUACUUCCGAUAAAACAUCUUAUCUAAAGGAGCCCGAAUCUAACCGUAGCUCUCCAAGCGUAUCGCCAUGUCUUAGCCCGGGCCCGAGGGAAGGAUCCCCACUGAGACAAAAUAUUUACGGACAGGAAGUAACGGAUACUAAGAAAAAAGUGACUGACUUCAUUUCCCACGAAAAGGACGACCUUACCAAAACUAUUCAGGUACGUCGUGAGAAGACUCCUGUAAGUGAUAGAAAGUCAAAAACACCAUCGAGAGAAAGUUCCCCAACUAAACUGCAAGAUAUCAUUUCUGUUAGCACUGCUGAUGAUAAAACAACUACUACAAAUGUGAAGAAGACCGUGGAACGUGUCGAUUCAGAAAUGUUCGAAAACAAAUUCCAAUCCGCAAGGUCUUCACUUUCUCCUGUACGUAAAACUCCAGAGCGACCUUCCGAUUCGCCAAGAAAGCUUGAUUCUCCGUCAAAAAUACCUCAACAACCCAAGUCUCGAACUACUUCACCAGUCAAAAAAGUAACUAUGACUGAGACCAACACCGAUUUCAUUACGUCUGAGAGAGAGCAAAUAGUAUUAGACAGAGUGCAAAAGUCUCUCAGAAAACUGUCUCCGGAACGUAAGUCACGAUCACCAAGCCGAGAAAAGAGUCCAGGCAAAACUACAACCAACCUACAUGAUCUUGAUAUAACUACUGAAAAUCUGGAAACAUGUAAUUCAGUCAUUGAAGAAGUAAAGACGACAAAACAGCAAAACGUUAUAAAAGACAAAGUAACGCAGAAGAAAACUGAAGUUGAAAUUAAAGAGAAAACUAAAGAACAAUCACCAAAGGGGCCAAAGGAAACCGGAAAGCCUCCGUCACGAAAUGUGUCUCCUACCAAGAAACCAUCAUCAGCACCGACAACUCCAAAAGCAGAGAAGAGUCCAGAAACGCCGCUCAAGGCUAGAAGUACGUCUCCGAGAAAACCCGUAAGUUCUGUUGAGCGCCCUCAAUCACCUCAAGUUCCUAAAGGAGGAAAGGCCGCACCUGCUCAGUUGACUAGGAAACCAACACCUACGGCAAUCAACUUAAAAACUGAGUCAGUAUUUGCAUCCGAAUUAAAGAAGAGUGGGGUUACAAAACAGACUAACACUGGUAAAACAUCUCCGACUAAAAUUCAUCGGAUAAUUCCGUCGCCUACAAGAGUACCUGAACCGGAUACUAAAAGAACUCCGGCUCACAAAAAUGACCUUAACAAGGAAAACGUCAGUCCAAAGAAAACUGAAGCUAAAGUUACACGAACUGCCAGUGAUAUGUCUAUCAAAGCGAAAAAGCCAUCGCCUCAGAGAAUGAAAUCCAAACCAGAGAUACAAGUAAGUGAUAUGUCAAGCAAGACAACUAGACAGACUGUUACAACGAAGACACAAAAGUCUACAAUCAAAGAACCCCAAAUGAAGCUUGCUCCGAAGCCCAAGUCAGCAACGGCGUUAAACAUGGCAACAGAUGACGAUGAUGUACUCAUCGAUGUCGAGCAAGCCAAGUCAUCACGAGAGAAUUCUCCUGAUCGUAUCUGUCCGACCCCAGUUAGUUUUAUGGAUGAUGUCCAGACACCAAGACUUCCUGAUGAAGUUAGUGAACCAGACGAUGACUUCCGUCGAAGAACUCAUCACACUAUUCACGAAACUGAGUCGCUUGUUGAUGAUAUUAUUGAAAUAUCCGAAGAUGAGGAACUGUUCGUGAAGAGAACCCAAGAUGACAUAGUCGAAGCCGACGAUUGCCUUUUGAGUGUAACUGAUAAAGUUUCUAAAUUUACAAAUAAAAUUGAUACUGUUACCAAGCCUAAGGAAGCAGCAAAACACUUUAAAGAUACAGAAAAGCGAGUUCAUUCUGAUUUUGUCGAAGAAAACUUAAAAUCUGACGAGUGCUUGCUAUCGGUUUCAGAGAAAGUAAAUAAAUUUGCGAAAGGCCCAAGAGAUACGAGAGACAAGAGUCCAGCGCGCCGUGUUACCGAUGAAUAUGAUGUAAACACUGUUUAUCAAGAUGAUUACACGAAAUUGAGUGUCAAUGACAAAGCUCAUCUCUUUGUAGAGACCGCUGAGAAUGUGAAAUCACCGAAAGCAAAACCAGCUCAAAAAAUUGAGCGCCCCGAUCUUAAAAAUGUUGAUGAAUCUUUGAAGACUGACGACUGUUUACUGAGCGUAUCUGACAAGGUCAAUAAGUUCGUUAAAACAGCAGAACAGUUUUUGAAUGAGUCCCAUAGCACCGAAGACAAAGAAAGGAAGAUCAAAGAGCAACAUGAAGAAAUUAUGAGGAAAAUUGUUGAGAGUGUAGAUGAAGAGAAGGACAUAAAAGACACUAAAACUGUCACAAAACAAGACUCAACAGAGAUACCUUUACAGCCCCGAGAUCAAAGGCUGGGAUCACUCUCAAAGGAAACUACUUCAUCCCACGCCAAAACUAAAGACUACGCCAGUCCUAAUGUCAAACAGGUUGAAAGAAUACCUGCAGUAAAGAUAACAACUCUACGCAGUAGCGAGGCCGUGAAGAAGGCUAAAGCACUAUUUGAAAAUAUUGCGACAACUCAGAAAACCAAGGAUACUGUUGAUACCAAGACUACAAAGACAGCAAAAUUAACAGAUAUUGGUGUCAUUAAAAAAUCGCCGAAAACUGAUUCGACCAUAGUUCUUCAUCCAUCUCUUGAUGACGGUUUCCCAACAGACGUAAACGAUGUUCCUAACGCUCCUACUGAGACGGAUACCACGGAUCGUCCUUCAAGCGGUUCAUUGACUCGGCAGCAACGCCCUGGUCAUAUUCGCGAUGACAAGCCGAGAGACAGCCCAGCUCGUCUCGCCCCUCACUCACCGCAAGUCGCUCGCACCAAGUCACCAAUGCGACAAACAAUCGAAACUGCCACUACUACGAGGACAGUUAUUUCCAGGCAUCCAACAUCACAAAGACCCGAAUCUCCAAAACCUCAUCCACCGGAAAUGGAAAAGCCGCAAGAGAAAGUUCCUGGUUACCAGAGGCCUACUAAAACAAGUCAGAUCCGAGAUGAGACCAAAGCGGAGGAAGUAGAAGUGAGCAGCCGCCGCGGGAGCGGCAAGUUUGGUGUGGAGCUACGGCGCACCAGCAUCGAGCGCAGUACCGUCAGCAGCGAGCGGCGCCGGUCCAGCCUCGACCACCACCAGCCCUGCAUCGAGGACGUCUUCGACCUCGACCUGUUGGAACAAAUGUUGGAAAAGGUCGUGGGUUACGAGCAGAGGCGACGUAUCAGAGCUCAGAUAAGAGUCGCUAAGAAGAGGAUGGAGACCGAGCACGUAACGGAUACUAACACGUUUACUAAAACUAUGAAGCAUACAUUUGUGAGUACUCCGAAGAACAGAUCCCCUGAACGGCAGUCUAAGCCCAAAUCUCCAGAACAGCGCCUGAGACCAGCUUCGCCUGAACACCAUUUGAGGAACAAAACUCCGGAGCUGCAAAGACUGAGAUCUCCUGAGCGGAAACCCAAGUCAACACCAGUCAAGACAGUGUCCCCAGAACGUCACAUAAAAACGGCGACACAGAAAACCAUAUCUCCCGAUCGCAAUCAUUCCAAGGAACAUAAAAAGCCUAUUUUGAACGGACAUGCCAAGGAACCUACUAAGGUUCUACAGGAUACACACCAGAGGCGACGCAGCCCUGAGAAGCCAGCUCUUAAAUCCGCUCCAGGGAAAACCAGAAGCCCCGUCCGCCAGCGUAGUCCAGACAAAAAGAUACGACCUCUAUCACCGAGCAAAACGGCUUCACCCAAACCGAAGCCUAACCGCUUCAAUGAAUACGCUUCGGCUUACAUGAAAAAGGUUGGUCUCAACGAAAAUGACAAGCUAAAGUUCUCGGAGGUGACCAACAAAAGAACCGUUGAACAAGAAAAUCAAAAAAACUUAUCGCAAUCUCAGAAAUACGAAAGCAAAGUUACUACAAAAUCGUACGAGCGUAAAACGUCUAACGACACCAUUGAAAUGCACUUGAACGGUAAACGGUCACCUUCACCUAAGCGGAAAUCUCCAAGCCCUGUCGAAAGAAUGCAUCAGCGAUCACCGAGUCCCGAAUGGAAGAUUCCAAGAGAAACAACCAAAAAGGAAACUAUAAUCAAGACUACGAUUGAGGUGGACAGGAAACCAAAGCAAGAAGAGAAACCAUCUUGGGUGACGAACCGUAACCUAAAAAAGACUACAUCAGAGAUGAGGACGUUCAGCAGCAAGAAGAUAGAGAGUGAGAAGGUGCGUCGCGCGCCGAGCCCGUCCAAGGCCAUCGCCAAGCCGCUGGACGUGAUCACGUCGAGCUACGGACCGGGUCCGCUCGACGCGGACGGACGGCCGCUCUUCGGCAUCAAGGCGCUGAGAAAUGGCGCCUCAAAUUAUCAAGUAAAAGGCACGGUCGUCCGUCAAGAGUAUCACUCACGCAACGGCGGCGCGCCGGAGGGCGAAGUCAGCGUGACGGCGUACGCAUCAGACCCGGCGGCGCUAGAGGCGCUCCUACGGGCUCAGGGCGAGCCGCCUUCAAGGCUUCACGGCUUGGCGGCCAUUACUACCACGAGGAGGUUCGGAGGCGACACUGGAUCGAGCUAUAGCGAGGCACAUACGAAAGAAGAGCGAGCAACUUUAGAACAGUUUACGCAUAGCGACCGACGCGAGUCAGACACAUUAGGCGGCGUCAGUAUCACUGACGUCACCAAGGUCAGAAACGACCAGAAACAGAAGAUUGGCAGGAUGGAGAAGACCGACAGCCAGCGGAGAAUCGUGGAUAAGAGUGAGAAGGUCGACCGGGUGGAGAAGACGGAGAAGAAAGAAAGAAGGGAGGAUAGGAAGACCGUCCGGCAGAGCUCCGUGAAAUCGCUCACGGAGAAGUACAUUAAGAGUGCAUCUGAUACAGUGAAGAGCGAGCGGAGCGCGUAUCCGAAGGCCGGUCUGAUCCUGCGCAGCGCGGGCCUGCGCGACAGCGUGUCCAGCGACUCCUCACAACACGCUGGUCUAACGCGCACGGACAGCGAGCACAGCCUCGGGUCCGUCGAAGACGCCAUCGUGACGACCAGCACUGACCGUAACGGUGGCCGCACCACCACCACCACCGAACGCCACGGGGGCCGGACCACCACCACCACGACUACCACGAGAGUGGGGGGAAAGACGCAGGACCGCUCCUUCCUCGACAGCACGACGAAGGUCACUGGAGUACAGGAUAUUUUGACUAGGAUGAAGAAUGCUGACAUUGUGAUCGAGCAGGGCGACACGAGUGAGGACACGGAGGCGCGCGCGUUGUUGAACAAAUUCCUCGGAGCCACCGUGCUCAUGGCCGGCAUGAAGAACUAUGUGGCGGAGGCACAGAACCAGCAGCGUCCAGUUCAGCACACGAAGGUGCAAGAGACAGUCCGAACGAGCGUAGUCAGCCAGCGAGCACAGGACUUCGAUCCCGACCACUGCUGGGACGAGCGGGUGCUCAAGAAACAUUUGGAAGAGUGCACCGACUACGAGCAGCGGCGACGCCUGCGCGCACGCAUACGCACACUCAUGGCCGAGCAGGAAGCAUGCGCGAGCGCCGUGACGGAGGCGCUGGCGGCGGCCGGCGAGGCGCCGACGGACUCCGAAGCGCGCGAGGAAGAGGAAGUAACGACUGUGACAUCGAGCGAGCGGAGGAACUCCUCAGAGAAAACCGUUAGCAGUAGCACCACCACUAAAACUUCUAAAGUGAUCGAGAGCAUGACGCGGCCGGCUCCCAAGCCCGUGUCGCCGUUCGCCAAGUUCCGACAGCUUGAGAAGCAGAACUCUACCACCAGUCCCAACUCGCCCAAGUCACCGCAGAGCCCGGGCUCUCCGUCGCAGCCCUUCUUCAAGUUCACCGACCCCGCGCUGCAAGCCAGCGCUCUCACUAUUAAAGAACGGUUGCUGCAGUGGUGUCGUGACAAGACUCGGGACUACGAGAAUGUGAAGCUGGAGAACUUCUCGACGAGCUGGGCGGACGGGCUGGCGUUCUGCGCGCUCGUUCACCACUUCCUUCCAGACGCGUUCGACUACUCCAAGCUCACGCCGGAGAAGCGUCGCCAUAACUUCACGCUCGCCUUCAAAGUCGCCGAUGAGAAGGCGGGCAUCUACCCUCUGCUGGACGUGGACGACAUGGUUGCCAUGCGCAAGCCGGACUGGAAGUGCGUGUUCACGUACGUGCAAUCCAUCCACCGCCGCUUCAAGGAUGAGCGCUGACCGGCGCAUACGCACGCUGUCUUUUUGGCCACACUUACGUUGAUAAGAAUAGAGUCGAAAUUCGCACCGCAGAUAAUUGGAGUGAUAGGCGUGCGAGUGACGUUUCGAGGAUUACAGAAUAGAUAUAAUUCUUGGCACGUCUAUUGAUUUAAUUGUCUGUGGUUUAAUAACAGAAAAAAACUGUACGCAAAUACCUUAAAUAUAGGAAUAGUGAUGCGAGUACUAUCGAUAAAAAUGACAUCUGUGGCCAAAAAUAUAGCGUUAGUGUUAAAUAUAAGUAGUCGAACGCUAAAGUCACAAAAGUUUAUAUUUUUUUGUAUAAUCGAAGUGUAUAUUUAGAGUCCAAAGAGCGUAUGUUGUUAUCAAAUUGUUUGUUUGUGUUAAUGUUUGUCAAAUGUUUAUUAAGUCCGCCCAGCUCGUUGUAUCUCCAGCGCCGUCUCGACAGUCCUAUUUAUUGUAAUCUCAAGAUGUAUGUGAUUUUUAUAUUAGCUCGUAAGCUUGACUAACUGGUAUGAGUACCGACUUCGUAGGUUAGUCCGUAGAUUUUUAUACAUUUGAUUUUCACCUUUGCGAUUGGACCCCUGAUUGCAAGGAUCGCUUUUACUUAUUUAUCUACAUAAGGAAGUAGUAUCCUCGCGUCGCUCAGGCGUUCAUUUCAACGUCAAUCCAUUAACUUACUACUUGUAUUCAUUCAUUAUCAUUUCAACUUGACUUUUAUUAAUAAUCGCGGCUUAAAUAAUCGCCUACUGAUUUUAUCAAAUAGAUCAUAUUAUAUUACAAUAAUUUAUAAGUUAAUUUAUAUUGAUAUGAAAUAAAAUAUUAUUAACAAAA